CCACUGAGUGAGGGUCAGUAGAAGCUCCGUCUUUCUUAUCCAUCCCGUUCUACUCUCCCGGGUCCGCAGAUUCUUGAUCUGAGUUUCUCGGGCGAAUUGCUUAUUGGAUUUCUUCUUCUCCUUCUUCCUCUGAGUAGUUUUUCCCCUCCCCUUCUCGCUGUAACCGGUCCUUUGGAGCUCCGUUAAUCCCUGCGCCGGCUCUCCUGGAUCUGAUGCUGAAUAAGGAGGGAAGCUGCUGCCGCUGCCGUCGCCGCCGAGCUGCUUGUUCCGCUGAAAAACACCACCUUUCCCGUGCGCGACGGAGGCGGAAUCCGCUCGGCGUUGACUUCGUCCUUCCUCGCAUAGCCAAGCAUCUUGUCAUGUGAAGUGUACAUCUUGGUAAAAACACCUGUUGGAGAAGACAUACUGAAAACAGCUUGCAUCCUCAAGCCUCUUACGUUUCUGGUGAAAACAAAUUGGUCAAAGUAGCCACCGCCAACAAGUGGCACGUGAUUGCAAUUUGCAAAUGGACCGUGAAGCCUGUACAAGCCACAAUGUCCUUGAGAGGAUUCUGCUUGAUGAAAGCGCAGAGCCCACAAACCUGCCGUUAUCACUUUUGGAAGACAUCACAAAUUGUUUCUCCCUUGAUCACCAAAUUGGCAGCGGCGGAUUUGCGGUGGUUUAUAAGGGAGUGGUCGGGAAAGGUACGGUUGCUGUGAAGAAGCUGUCAAACACGUAUGGUGUUCACGAGAAUAAAUUCCAGGAAGAGAUUAAGUGCCUGAUAAAGGCCAAGCACAAGAAUAUUGUACGGUUUCUGGGGUAUUGCGCUGACGCGCAAGGUAAAAUGAAAGAGUACGAGGGGAAUCUUGUCAUGGCAGAGGAACGAAACUGGCUGCUAUGUUUUGAUUAUGCAUGCAACGGGAGUCUCGAUAGACACAUUACCGAUGCAACUUGUGGACUUAAUUGGAGGAAGCGGUAUCAAAUAAUCAGGGGGGUGUCUACAGGUUUAGUUUUUCUCCGUGAGAAGGGUAUUCUUCACUUGGACUUGAAGCCGGCUAAUAUAUUGCUAGACAGUCACAUGGUACCCAAAAUUGCUGAUUUUGGUCUAUCAAGAUGCCUUAGUCAAGCACAAACCUGUGCUAUUACUCAAAAUAUAUUUGGAACAAAAGGAUAUAUGGAUCCAGAAUACAUCAGAUCAGGCCAAAUUGGAUUCGCGUCAGAUGUAUAUAGCCUUGGCGUUAUAAUCAUGGAGAUACUGACAGGAGCAAGGAGAUAUUGCAAAGAUGAGCAUGCAGUCGGAAGAUGGAUGGAUCGAUUGAGGGUAUCAGAGGGGGACAUGCAAUUAGAACAAGUGAGAGUAUGCAGUGAGAUAGCGAUAGAGUGCAUGGACUUGGACCCAGCGAAGAGACCAGAUGCAUGCCAUAUAAUUGAUAGACUUGAUAAAAUUGAGGGUCCUGACAAAUCAGACAAAACUGGCAUCAACAAUUCAUUCACUGAGCUGCAGGUAAAUUUACCAAGGGAACAAUUUGAAGAAAGAGUUGGAAACCCUGCAGCUAAGAGCCUCCAAGCGGAUGUCGAGGAACACUCUGAAAUAUUGGAAGAUGCCGCAAAAACAAUUGAAAGGCCUCAUUUCCAAGAAGGCCAAGAGAAAUUAGGCCAGUUAUCAUUAUGUGGUGGGCAAGAUACGAUGGAAAAGCUCAACCGCCAUGAAACAAGCAAUUCUAGCUCUAUAUCUACUCUGUUCUAUGGGUUUAGCAUUUUGGACAUGUACAACAAGACAGCAUACAGGAUUUUCGAUAGGAACAACAGGCGUAUAUCAGAACAGUCACAUUUUAUAAAUAUCUUCACAACGGAGGAGCUCAGGCCAAUAAUAAUGAGUAGUAAUCUCAUCAGAGAAGUUAACUCCGCUAAAGUUUACAAAGGCGUUGUUGAUGAUGCUCUGCUUGCAGUAAAGCAAAUGUUUAAUGCUGAUGAAAAGCAAUUAAAAAAUGAAGUCAUCAUCCAGUCUCAAAUCAUACACAAGAACAUUGCUUGUCUCAUAGGUUGUUGCCUAGAAAUGGAUAACCCCAUUCUGGUUUACGAGUUCCUCCCCAGAGGAACCCUUCAUGACAUACUUCACAGCGGCAGCAAGGUGCCUCUCAACUUGGAUGUGCGUCUAAAUAUUGUUGCAGAAUCAGCACAAGGGCUAGCCUACUUACAUUCACAAGCUCGUACCAAAAUCUUGCAUGGUGAUGUCAAAUCAGCAAAUAUACUCUUGGAUCAUAACUUUGUGCCAAAGAUCGCGGUCUUUGACCUAUCGAGGUUGAUUGCGAGAGAUAAUGAACGCACUUCCUUCGUCAUCGGUGACAUGACCUAUAUGGAUCCAGUAUACAUGCAAACAGGUCAACUGACAGAAAAAAGUGAUGUCUACAGUUUUGGAGUCGUGAUCUUGGAGCUCAUUAGCAGGAAGCCCACCUAUAUUGACAGUGUUUGGUUAGUGCAGAGUUUCAUUGAAUUACGCAGAGAAGGGAAGAAAGCAACCGAGCUCUUUGACAAGAAAAUUGCAGUAACAACGAGAGAUUUGGUGAUCCUUGACUGUCUUGCAGAGAUUGCUGUGGACUGUGUUAACCUUGAUGUGGAUCAAAGGCCCACAAUGACGGAAGUUGCAGAGCGCCUUGUCAUACUGAAUCGAUCUCGUAGAUUACAUGCACGACAUACGAGUGCUGACUAUUCAGAGGAAACUGACAUUAGUUCUUCAUUUGCUGAGCAACGGAAAGUAGGUCACUUACCAUGGGGAGUGCAAGAUACAAACGGUCGUGGUGGAGGUAAUUCUAGCUCUGUCUCUACUGGGUUUUUCAAGUUGAACAAUUUGGAUAUUUUCAAUUGGAAAGGGCGCAGAAAUUUCAAUAGGAACACCAGGCAUACAUUAGGAAAGUCACAUUUUAUAAAGAUCUUCAGGAAGGAGGAGCUCAAGCCAAUAAUAAGGAGUGCCAAUAGUAUUGGAAGAGGUGCCUUUGGUGAAGUUUACAAGGGAUUUAUUGAUAACACACUGGUUGCGGUAAAGAUACCGAUUAAUUCCAGUUUGUUAGAGCAUCCACAAUUUCACAAUCAGGUCAUCAACAUGUCUCAAGUCAGCCACAAGAAUAUCGUCAGGCUCAUAGGUUGUUGCCGAGAAGCAGAUCACCCCAUGCUAGUGUUCGAGCUCGUCUCCAAUGGUACCGUGAAUGAUAUUCUUCAUGGCGGCAAUAAUGCGCCCUUAAAGUUGGACGUGUGUCUAACUAUUGUUGCAGAAUCAGCACAAGGGCUAGCUUAUCUGCAUUCACAAGUUCGUAUCAAAAUCCUGCAUGGUGAUGUUAAACCGGCAAAUAUACUCCUGGAUGAAAACUGUAUGCCAAAGAUUGCAGGCUUUGGCAUAUCAAGGUUGAUUACAGGAGAUAAGGAACACACUGUCCAUAUCAUCGGUGACAUGUGUUAUAUGGAUCCAGUGUACCUGCAAACAGGCCGGCAGACCUUGAAAAGUGAUGUCUACAGUUUUGGAAUUGUGAUCUUGGAGGUCAUUAGCAGAAAAAAGGCCACUCAUUCUGAUAAUAACAACCUAGUGAGCAGUUUCCUUGAAGUUCACAGAGAAGGGAAGAAAGCAACCGAGCUGUUUGACAAGGAAAUUGCAGUAACAACAGGAGAUUUGGAGGUUCUUGACUGUCUGGCAGAGAUUGCCGUGGAAUGUAUUAACCUUGAUGUAGAUCAAAGGCCCACGAUGACAGAUAUUGCAGAGCGCCUACUCAUACUGAAUCGAUCUCGUAGGCCAAAAAUUGUUUGCCAAUAAGUUGAUGUGUAUUGUGUGGUAUGAACAAUAUGCAUGUGGAUGAAUAAGAUGGGCAACUAUCGGCGUUGGAUUUA